GUGGAGUUGGUUUGACACACAAAACUCUUGUGUUAUGCAUCCUUUUACGCGCAAAGCAUCAGGGGAAAUACUUGUGUGCGGUGUUUUCCUGUAUGUUCAUUUUGUCUUAUCCAGGGGUGACGGAUCUGUGUUGUGUUUGGCAUAUUAAAGUGAACAUUGAGGAUUGCCGGAGCGCUCGCGUCUUGAGUCAGUGGUGUAGUUAAUUUUCUCCUCCGGGAUGGCCUCGGCGCGACAGGACUAUAUUGCCCCAUGGUGGACCUACUGGCUGCACAAUUUCCCGCAUUUUAAUUUUACUUUCCUGGCGGUUGAUAACACAUUUAAACCGCAGGACGCCAGCUAUCAGCAGUCUUUGAUCUUCCUGCUCUGUGUUUCUGCGGUGGGUCUGGGCUUGAGUCUGCUGGUGCUGUGUGCAUAUCUGACCUGCCUGUGCUGCUAUCAUAGGGAAGAGGAUGAGGAAGUCAAGAGGCCCAAAACCUGCUGUGUCACAUGGGCCGUUGUUAUAACCAGUCUGGUAAUAUGUUCAGCGGUGGGUGUGGGUUUCUAUGGAAACAGUGAAACCAAUGAUGGAGUGUACCAGUUGACCUACUCGAUUUAUAAUGCCAAUCACACGCUGGGUGGCAUUGGGAGUCUGGUGGGUAACUCUUUGGGUAACAUGCGGGUGGGGCUGAAGGAGCACCUGGAUCGGUUGGAUGAGAUAUUCUCUCCACGAGGAGACUACACCCAAACUCUGCGCUUCAUGAAGCAGAUGGCUGACAACAUCGCCCUGCAGCUCACAGCCAUGCCAGAUACCAGCAAGGUGCAAGGGGAUUUGGCAGUCAUUGCAGACCAAACUGCAUUCAUAGAGUACUACAGAUGGUUAACUUAUCUGCUGCUGCUGAUUUUGGACCUGGUCAUUUGUCUCGUAGCAUGCCUGGGAUUGGCAAAGCAGUCUCGAUGGCUGCUUGCAGUUAUCAUGGUGUUUGGUGUACUGACCCUAUUCAUGAGCUGGGCAUCAUUAGGAGUGGGCACAGCCACUGCAGUGGGCACCAGUGACUUCUGUGUAUCUCCUGACAAGUUCAUUGCAAAUCAGACCAAAGACUCCUUAAGUUCAGAUAUUGUGCACUAUUACUUGUACUGCAGCCAGAGUCUUCCUAAUCCAUUCCAGCAGUCUCUGACCAUCUUCCAGAGGUCUCUGACCACCAUGCAGAUUCAGGUGCAAGGCUUGCUGCAGAUUUCACUUGCUGUGUUUCCCACUGCAGAGAAAGACCUUCUAGGAAUUCAACAUAUCUUGAACUCCUCCGAGUUCAAUUUGCACCAGCUCACUGCCUUGCUGGACUGCCGCAGUCUUCAUAAAGACUAUCUUGAGGCUCUGCUGGGCGUUUGCUUUGAUGGCGUGGAGGGGCUCCUGUAUCUGUGCCUGUUCUCACUUCUGGCAGCCUGUGCAUUCUGUAGCAUGCUGUGUGCCAUCUCACUGGCCUGGACCCUCAUCGACAGCAGGGACAGGGAUUAUGAUGAUAUCGAUGAGGAGGACCCCUUUAACCCGUCGAGACGCAUCUCUGUGUAUAACCCCAACCGAGCUCAAGUGCACAGCUUCUGUAGCUUCAGCAGCAGUAUGGGCAGUCAGACCAGUCUGCAACCCCCACUGCAGGCCACAUCCAGUGCACCAGAAUACAUGAACCAGUCUAUGCUGUUUGAGAGAAGUCCUCGUUAUGAAAACGUACCGUUGAUUGGGAGAGGCUCACCGCCACCCUCGUAUUCACCCAGCAUGAAGACCACCUACCUUUCUAUGACUGAUGCCCAAAUCAGACACUUUGGAACAGACUUCCAGGUGUAACUGUCCUGGGUCCUCUUCCUGAAGGAGUCUUUGGCAGCAUGAGAUGCUCUCCUUGUUGAUACUUAAAAGCAGGACAUCAGUGAAGCACAAAUGUUUGUCAAAGGAAGUUCUCAAAGACUGCAAGCGGUCCAGACAGUUAAAGGAAACUCUUCAUAUCUAUAAAGACAGAGGAUACUUUGGAGAUUUAAAGGUGAACUCUGACCACUUGUAAAUAUGCACUUGUUUUCCUCAGGGGCUUGUCAGGUCAUUGAUAUAUUACUUUGUGUGAUAGCAAAGUAUGUGAUCAUGUUGUUGAACAUUUUAACUGAAAGAUUUUUUUAUUUCUUUCAGUAAUACUUCUGCUUAGAUUAUGCAAACAAUGGUUAAUAACUCAUAGCUUAAGGAAAGAAAAAAUAAACUGUGUUUUACCACUCGGCCUUGAGCUCUGCAAUGAGCCUUUAAUUAAUAUUUCUUUUAUAAUGGUUAAAUACAGUAGAGACACCACAUGAUGCACUGACCUACACAGAGAGAAAAGACAAACUGGACAGCCUUCAGCAACCUGAGUGUGUGUAUGAUCUGAUGUAGUGAUUAUAUUUUGCAUGAGGAAAAAGUUAUUUGAUGCCUCUAAUGAAAUAAACUUAUGCUGUGAUGUGAUUCCGCCUCAUAUAUAUCUGUGUUCCAGUACUAGUCAAUAGUCAAAUAGGUCUGUUAUUCUUCCAGACUAACGAAUAGAUGAAAAUGAAUCAUAAUCUGGAGCGUUAGACACUGGGAUGCAAAAUGUGGAUAUGUGAAUUGUAGACAGAAUAGUCUUUAUCAUUGUUUUUAUCAUUGUUUUGUGAGGCUCACCAUAACGCUGUUUAGACAGACAGCUGUUUAUAAUCCAAAUGAAUAAAAAAGAAUUACAUUAGAUUAGUUUAUACAUGUUGAAUUCUAUCACUGUUCUUAUUAUCAUCUUUGCUUGUCAUGACAUUUCAAAAGUGCUGUUUUUUAUGU